AUGGCAUCUAAAACCACUGGUUCCUGCCUUUGCGGCGCCUGCACUUACUCCUACACUGGCGAGCCAGCCAUGAAAGCUCUCUGCUACUGCGGUCCUUGCCGCAGAGUUUCCGGAGGCACCAACACGGUCAACUUUGUCGUUCCCAGCGGCAACUUCACCGUCACGAAGGGCCAGACCAAGUCUUAUCCAGCAGAGCACGAGUAUGGAAUGACUCUGACCAUAUUCUUCUGUCCGGAUUGCGGAAAUACUUUGUGGAAGGAGGCGACCGCUGAGCAGUUCAAGGGGGUGAAACUGGUUCAGGCGGGAACACUGAAUGAUGCCAAGAAUUUAGAUACCACGAUUGAUGCGGAACUUUAUGCUCCAGAGAGGGCAUCCUUCCUAGCCCCCAUUGAGAAUGCGGCUCAGAGGAAAGACUUUUAG